UGACAAUGAUACUGAUAGUAUGGGAGAUAAUGUUGAUGAAUUGCCUGUGGAACAAGAUAAGAUGUCUUUAGAAAUAUUGUUUAAGCAUGUCUUUUAUAGCAAUACAAAAAUCUUUUCACCAACUCCUGCUG